AUGAAAGGCUUUGCGACUGCUUCCCUCGGGGCUGUUCUGUUCUUUUCUCAUCCCCUAGAAGCUCUCAGGUGGCCGAAUGCUAGGCCGCUUCCUGUGAACGGGCUCGCGGAUGGGGAAUCGCCAUUAUCAACAGCCUCUCUCCAUCUGCGCCCCUCAAAUUCCAACGUCUACGCAACGGCGCUCGUCGAGCUCCAGGAGCUAGAGUUGGAGCCUCUCUGCCACAGGGUUGCCGCUCGACUGCUGGUGACAAACUGCCAGCUGCUAGAUGGACGGAAUGACGCGACCGUCAUGACGGACACGGGCCGAGCAGCAAGGGACUUUGUAGAUUCAUUUGCGGCCAGUUUGGCGAUUUGCGAUCUCGAAAGAGCAAGCUUCCCAAUACCAGCAUCUUGCUCCAAGUUCCGCGAAGGCGUGCUGGCAACGCUGCCAGCCCCGCUGAAGCCGCAGCUGCACGUCAUGACGAGUGAAAUCGACAGCUGUCUCGAAGGCCUGGCGAGAUCCGAUUCGGCAUGGAGCACCUGGGUGAGUUACCGCCACAAGGCGCUCAGAUUUUGCGAAGCGUCUAGAGCGGAUAACGAAAAAGAUCAACACAUUCGGCUCCAUAAGAAACUCGCCCAGAUCUUGGAACGGCUUACAAGCCAGGCCGAGACUGAGUCCCGCGCUCGGGCUGAGCAUUUCGACAGUCUGCUGCGGCAGUCGGCAGAAAAGGCGCAAUCCUUGACGCAGCAGACGGACAGGCUGGCCGAGCGCGUCUCGCAAGUUGACCAACUCGUAUCCAACAUGCUUCAAUCAAAGUCCAAGGAAACCGAGCUGGCUCUCCAUGACGGCAUGCAAGGGGUAAGGUCCCUCCAGCGGCUAAUGCAACGAGCAUUUCAUGAAAUGGCAGUCAGAGAGAAGACAAUAGCCGCCAUCUACGCAUCUUCUCUAGAUGAAGUCAAGGCGCAGGCGGUUGGCGAUGCCAAAGCAGUCAUGCAGGUUUUCCAGGGGCUGGCAGCGUCCGCCACCGUCCUCCAAACCCAGCUCGCAAAGCACGAGGACCAAAUGCAUUCGGUCAGCCGGAGACAAGAGCAAGUACUUCAGACGAUGGGGAAGCUCAGCAACCUAGCGGAUCGGAUUACGGAAAAGCAAAGGUCUCACGAGCUGUUGAUGGAGUCGACGCAAAACAGGACGUUUGAGAUACUGGGCUCGCUGGAAACGGCCACGUCAUCGGUCAGCGCUCUUCAGAUGCCCUUGGUCCAGCUCGGUUGGACCAGCUGGGUUCCGUACAUUGUCUGCCCGACAGCGUCUCUUGUUCUCGGCUCAUACGGGCUGCCGCCGUCCAUGACGCGGAACCUGCUGCUUCUGAGCAUUGGCGAGGCGGCCGGCUAUUACGUGGCGUCGAUGAAGACGCACAAGAGCGAAACGUGGACAACAUGCAUGCCAGCGGGGCGUUUUGCAGAGGGGCGUCAGUCGGCGAAACGCAACGAGGAUUAA